CCGACAAAUUUCACCCGCCGCGAGCCUGCACACUGCUUGCUGACGCCAUGCAGUGCAAAUCAUCACAUCAGUAAAGUGUGAAGGGGUGUUGUAUCUACUGUAGAUGAUACUCGUCCGGUAUGAUGGCCAGGUGAUUGAGAGGGCAGCUGCAGACAGCUAUAAGCGCUGCUGCAUAUACAGCAUCCUAACUACUCUCGCCCACUCUACCAUCAUCAACAUUCUAUUCAUCACAGUUUGGAUUACCAUCAACAUUUCACUGUCCACCUGCUGUCCUUCUGUACUACAGUAUUUUUGUUGAGAAGUUAGCAUUACGAGAACAAGCCCACUGAGCUGCACUUGUGGCAGUAAAUCAGUUUCAAGACAACUUGUGUGGUCAUUGCAGAAGAUAUAAAAUGUUUCCAAAUGUGGGGUAUGUGACUGGUCGAUUACGUGAGGCUAGGGAUGUGACAGGCCGCCUGCGAGAAGUUGGAAGAAUCCCAGUGAAAAGAGUAGAGGAAGUUUCAGAACCACUUCGAGAACCGGGCAUCAUCACUGGGUACAGACAUGAGAAUUGCUCCGUAAUUCAGGCAGUUGCAUCACUUUUCAAUGCCACAAAUGAGACCGUUAACUUCUGGACACACUUUCUAGCCAGUGUGUAUUUUGCAUGGUUAUUGGUGUCUCUUUCAACUAUUAUGCCACUCUUCGACGAUCCCUACCUCUAUCCUCUUACCUGCUACUUCAUUGCCUCUUGUUGUUAUCCUCUCAUGAGUUGUUUAGCACAUGCAUUUUCUUGCUUAUCUCUCACAGCCACUCAUGUUUGCUUCUUCAUUGACUACCUUGCCAUUUCUAUGUAUAGUUGGGCUGUAGCAUAUCUUUACUAUAGUUACUGUUUCCCUCCACAACUGAUGAACACAUGGCUUUCUCAGGUCUACCUUCCAGUUGCUGCAGUCAAUGCUGUUUUGGCCACUCUUUGUGCAAGUUUGUCUCGUUUCAUUCACCAUUCUGUGACCCGGAAGAUCCUUCGAGUUGCUGCAUUUGUGAAACCUUUUAUAUGGGAUUCCCUUCCAUUAGUGCUUUGGCUUUACACAUGUGAUACUAGUGGUGACUCGUGUGAGGAGUCACGCAGUUAUCACCUUAAUCAGUUUGCUUGUGUCUUCAUUGCAUUAUUCUUCUAUGGUUCUCACAUUCCUGAACGUCUUGCACCAGGAUGCUUCGACUUUGUGGGACACUCGCAUAACAUUUUACAUGUCUUUAGUAUAUUGGGUACAAAUGAGCAGAUGCGUGCAGUCCUUAUUGAUUUAAAAAAUCGUAGAGCAGAUUUAGAGGUGGCUAAUUGGAUACCUUCACCCAUAUGGGCUACACAAGUAACACCUUCUCUCCUAUUAUGCAAUAUUUUCCUUGUUCUAACUCUUACAUAUUUCCUGUCAAGACAAAUGCAAUAUUCGCACAAAAGUGUCCAUAUUAAUUUAUCUUGUCAGCCACACUGUACAACUGUGUCUCCUAAUGACCAUCUAAAAGAACAGUGACCUUUGGACUUCUAUGAAAAAGCCUUUCACUCUUGGGACCAUUUCCAUCCUUCUUAUCUUUCCAUUUUUGGCCUAGAUUCACGACAAUGAUGCGAGAAUAGCCAAAAAAUAUAGUUUCCAGCCAGGCCUCCUGACUUCUAGGACUAAUUUAUUCUCGAUUAUUAAUUUUGGUACAAGAUGAGCUGCCUCAACUAUGAUUGUACUGUGCCUUAAAAGAAGUCUUGUGAAACUUUUGAUAGAGCAAUCUAUGGGAACAUGGGUACGGAUGAGAAUAGUCAAAUCCAGUAGCUUUGUUUAACAUGAUACUGUACAUUCCCCUAAACUCAGCCAAACCAAAGUAUGUGAUAUGAGAUGAGGUUCCAUGAAAAUUGUAAGGACUUUUAAUUACAUUUUUUAUAGCUAGAACUUGUUUAUUUGUAAUUAAGUGUCUUAUAUAAUAUAUUUUCUAAAAUGCAGUAUAUUCUAGAAUUUUAGAUAUAUUAAAAGCAUUCAGGUAGAAUAUAAGAUAUACAGUACAGUACUAAUAUUUGGUCAUGUUUGUGUCCGUGUUUAAGAUGAUGAGUUACCUUUAUCUUUUAUCCACUUCGCCACUGAUCGGCUCGUUAGCCGUUGAGUCGGUCGGUACACCUUUCUGUUACACAUUAUUGGCAAGUAUUGGACAUGUACUGGCGCCAGAAUGUAUCUGUACGUGCGCCAGUGAAGGUCAAGUCUGGUCCUGAAUGAACUAACACUCGGUUUUGUAGUCAGUUUAGGAUCUAAUCAUAAAAUCUAAUAAAGCUGAAAGUAAUCGAGAAUAGUAGCUUGGCACACAUAAUUUUUUCAUGGAGCAACAAACUCCAAUUUAUCGGACUAUACCUUUUCAACAAUUUAUAUUGUAAGUUACCCAGAUUAUAAUUAUCAGGGAUUGAAAGAAUUGUCAGUAUUCAUGAAUGUUCAUACAUUCAUUACCAUUGUCAUAUAUGAUUAUUCACACACAUAGCUUUCAUUAUUACUGGUAUAAUAUAAUAACUGUAUUUUAAUACCUAUCGAUUUAACUUUUAUAGUUAUACAGUAAUUGGUCCAAUUCCUGCAUUAAUUAAAAUUGUUCCAUUACAGUAUUGUACUGGACUGUACUGUACAGGUACAUGUAUUUCCCGUAAUUACUCUUAAUUCUUAUGGUAUUCCACUAUCACCAAGUGGCUAUAGGUUUAAAAAUACUAUAAGAUUACUACCCAUUUAAAUGUAACUUACAAUCAUUACAAUUAAGACAUAACAGCUGCAGUAUUUCCUUACCUUAAUACUUAAGGAUGUUUUGCUCUGAAUUGGAUUGAUUACUUAAAUUCUCCUCAUUUGGAGAUUUUAUUUAUAUAUAAAAAGUCAGGCACGCUGUAAAUUGAUUAGCAGUCUGGGUAUGUUGAUACACUGUAAUUAGCUUUGUCAGGGCUAAACCCAUUCACAUUACUGUAGAGAUUCAUUAUCUUAAAAAAAUGUGUGGUAAUAAAGUACUCAGUAACAUUUUCAUGAACACUACUGACCGAUGUGCCAAGUGAUGCAAAUUAACUGAUCAAAACAUGUGAUAGGCAUGACUGCCCGUUUGGGACACAGUGGAUGCAGCACACUGUAUACUAAGCCUUCAGUACACAAGGAGGCAGGAUGGCCGGUACUGCACCCGAUCGCAUUCACUUUCCCAAGUUGUAAACUUAGGUACCCAUUUACAGCUGGGUGAACUGGAAAUGCCCGGGGAUCGAAUCACCGACCCGUGGAACAGAAGGCGAGCUCUGUAUCCACUUGAGACCACUAAGUUCCUUGAUGAGAGCCACAGUCCUCUCGGCAGUGUCGUUGACAACUCUGAUUUCUUCCACACAUUCCGUAGCCUUUUUGAAGACAUAUCUAAAGUUCCAGGUAUGCGGAUCCAGACAGAAAAUCUAUUGCAAGCCUCAUUAAAAAAUCAUUUUGGUUGCCUGUGCAGGAUGAAAAACAUAAUGAUUAUUAAAAUUUGGUCGAUCCUUGUAAUAGAGAUAAGGAAAUUAGCAUUUCAAAUAUAAUUUUUUGCACUAGCCAUAUUAGGUCAUGAUUGAUAAAUGAUCGUUUAGAAAAUUACAGUACUUAUUAACUGUAGAGUGAGCAUAUUUGGGGGGACGAAAGCCUCGAAAGAGUGAGUGUGAACAUCCUGGCCUUUCUCAUCCAUUGCUAAGACCAUGGCACUUUUAGUGGCUAAUAAGAUAUCAAGAUUGUCAGGGUCGAAUAAAGCAAGAUCUGACAUCUCUUCAGAGAGGAACCACAGGUGUUUGGUGAGCAUGGACAGCGCGACCUUUGAGACAACUGAAUUGAUGUUUCAGUAGGCAUUAAUAUUCCUGAGGGCUAGUCACAGCAUAAAGGCUGAAACCUCGGAGUCCCUUCUCCUCUCGAGCCGAAAGGCGGAACUGAGCUUAAAACAUCCCCGGCACCCCCCAUCGGUUGCCACAAGGAAGUACACCGCCAAGGAAACCCACUACAAUUUUCAGGAACUCCUGGUAAUCACCUCGGUAGUGAUUUUACAACAGUUGCUUUUGCGCGAAAUCGAGAAGUUCUUGCUUGACUGGCUCAAUUAUGGGAGUGAUAUCUUCAUGAUCUGAGCUUGUGUUGUAGGUCGUUUGAACUACUAGAUUUCGAGCCUACUGAAACCACUUAAAGUAAAAAACUUCUGGACCUGACGCU